AUGCCUUUGAUCGAGUUAGAACGCUGGUCUUUUUACACCUUAAAGCACGACAUAGCUCAGUAUAAUUGUGAUCCAUGCUGUGAUCUAAGCCUUAGAUGCAUUUUGGGUGAUGAGGCUGACUGUGUUCCUGGGAUCCAACAUGUAGCUCCUGGAUUUGGUAGAAAGACUGCCAUAAAGCUCUUGAAAAAGCAUGGUACAUUGGAAAAUUUACUGACUGCAGCCUCGGUAAGAACCGUGGGCAAAGACUAUGCACAAAAUGCACUUACAAAGCAUGCUGACUACCUGCGGAGGAAUUAUGAAGUCCUUUCCCUUAGGAGGGAUGUGGAUGUGCAACUUCAAGAGGAGUGGUUGAUUGAGAGAGACACGCGCAACGAUUCAGCAAUUUUGUCUAGCUUCUUCAAAUAUUUGGAAGAAACCCAGAAGCUCAGUCAUCAAAAUGGGCAUGCUCUAUCAAAUAGGUAA